CCAGAGGCGUGUUCCAGCUCCGGGGAUCCUAGGAAGCUCGGGUGGCCGGUGCCUGCCGGGGGGUCCUCCCGGCGUUCAGGAGAGCAGCCCAGGACACGUCAGUCUUACCACUUCCGUCCUCACGGGUGGGGACCUCAGCCCGCCGGAAGGCUCCUUUCUGGAACCUAGCUGGUUCUCCGCUGCUGGGGCGGUGCGUUUGGUUAGCGAACAGCUUUCGACCGAGGCCUGGUAGCUAGCACGCCAACACCCUUUCGGGACAAGAGUCGCCACCCGCCUGUCCGCAGGAAGGUUUGGCACAUAAUGCCCACCUUUGGCUCGAGCGGGCGGAGAUGGAGCACUGGCGGCGACUGAGUCCGCGCCCAGUGGACUCCCCGAAGCGUUUGCGGGCUGAGCCAAUGGAACUUGCCACCGACUGCUGAGCCCUGAGAGGCGGUUGGUGGCCCCCAACUCCAGCUGGCAAGCCCAACAUCAUGAAGGGAGAUGCCAUGGAGUCAGCACCAACCACCACAGCCUAUCGUUCUGUCAUGGAAGAGUAUGGUUAUGAGGUGGGCAAGGUCAUUGGCAAUGGCUCCUAUGGGACUGUGUAUGAGGCUUACUACACAAAGCAGAAGGUCAUGGUGGCUGUCAAGAUCAUCUCAAAGAAGAAAGCCUCUGAAGACUAUCUUAACAAGUUCCUGCCCCGUGAAAUACAGGUAAUGAAAGUCUUGCGGCACAAGUACCUCAUCAACUUCUAUCAGGCCAUUGAGACAACAUCCCGAGUAUACAUCAUUUUGGAGCUGGCUCAGGGUGGUGACGUCCUUGAAUGGAUCCAGCGCUUUGGGGCCUGCUCUGAACCCCUUGCUGGCAAGUGGUUCUCCCAGCUGACCCUGGGCAUUGCCUAUCUGCACAGCAAGGGCAUUGUGCACCGCCUGACCCCCAGCCUUUCUGCUGCUGGUAGGGACUUAAAGUUGGAGAACCUGUUGCUGGACAAGCGGGAGAAUGUGAAGAUAUCAGACUUCGGCUUCUCCAAGAUGGUGCCUUCUAGCCAGCCUGUGCGUAGUAGCUCUUCUUACCGCCAAGUGAACUUAUUUUCCCACCUCAGCCAGACCUACUGUGGCAGUUUUGCUUAUGCCUGCCCGGAGAUCUUGCUAGGCUUGCCCUACAAUCCUUUCCUGUCUGACACCUGGAGCAUGGGCGUCAUCCUCUACACUCUAGUGGUCGCCCAUCUGCCCUUUGAUGACACCAAUCUCAAGAAGCUGCUGAAAGAGACUCAGAAGGAGGUCACUUUCCCACCUAACUGCACCGUCUCCCAGGAGUGCAAGAACCUGGUCCUCCGGAUACUACGCCAAGCUACCAAGCGUGCCACCAUCCUGGACAUCCUCAAGGAUCCCUGGGUGCACAAGUUCCAGCCUGAGCAACCCACCUAUGAGAUGAGGCUGCUCGAGGCUAUGUACCAGUCCCCCAGCAACAGUAAUCGCCACCAGUCUUUGGAAGUCACAACCUGAAAAUAUCUGAGGCAGGGGGCUAAGAGGAACAAAGUAGGAGGGUUUGGGGUGAAAAAACCUUUUAUACCAAAAAUAAAUCUAAUUCUGAUUUAGUUUCAUCAGCUAGGGUCAAAGAUGGAUUUUCUGGCCAGAGUCUGUAACCAGUAAAUCUUUCUUUUUUUUCUUGU